UCUCCCGCUCUACCAACUGAGCUAUUGCCGGCUUUUCUUACAGUUUAUAAUGCGUUACCAUAUCAGAUAUGUCACAGAAUUGUUACAAUUCAAAAUACUUCAAUUCAAAUUAAGACGAAGACAAG